AUGAGCACAGAUCUAGAUCUGUCAUCAUCCUGCAUCCCUUCUCGAUCGCCUUCGCCCUCCCCAAAUCUCCUCGCCACCCCUGACACCUCCAGUCUCUUGUCCAAUCGAUCCUGCUCCGGCGCCUCGAGAAUCUCGAGCGGAUCCUCAUACUCCAAUGCCUCAACUACUUCUCGAACCAGUACAAACUCUCGCCGACGUGGCUAUGUCCGUCCUCAAGGAGGUUCCUUUGCCGAAUCGGCCAAGAACCGCGAGAGUGUCAUGAGCCUCGGCAGCAUCGCCCAUCUGCAAUACUAUUUCGCCCGAACGGGUCUGUUAGAUGGCAAGGGAGGCCAAAUGGCAAAGAAGAAACAGAACGGAGAAUACGACAUUCCAAAACUGUCGUUAACGGCAAAUCAAGAUCUGGUCGAAUCUCCGAUUGAGGACGAGUCCCAGGCCAUGUGGGAUGCCGUGCGCGAGGAUGGUACGGACGUGAUGCUACCCCCGACCGUAUCAACGUACAGUCAUCGAUCGACAUAUGUGGCCCCGCCUCCGGAUCAGAAAACCAUGAAGAAAGAAUUAGUGGAAGCUCUAGAAAACGCGUUACAGGCUGUCGAGUCCUGUGAACAUGCAACAGGGGAAACCCCUGAAGAUCAGACACCAGGAUUCUACGAGGUUCAGGGACUCCAUGUCCUCGAUACCACGACUCAAGCAAUCCGAGCUGCAAGACUCUAUUACACGCUACAUCCCAAUCCCCAGAGAUUGAAUUCUAUAAGAUCCGACCAGGAAUUGCGGAGGGAUCUCUACUCUGUGCUGGAUGUCCUGAAGAAAUGUGCCUCUCGCAACUUUGCAGGCGGUUUUCGAGAGGACGAAAGGCUUGCAGUAUUGGUUUGGGUUAGUGACGUUGGCAUGAUGAUUGAUCAAGAAGCAAAAUUGGAGGAAGCAGACAAGACCGAGAGGAAGGACUGGCACUGGAUGGACGAUGCCAAGUGGAUUGAUCGAGCGCAAGAAAGAGACAUCAACUUUCUCAACUUCCUGCUUCAUGGAAUUGGUCAAAGCCCAUCCACUGAGAAGGUCGAUUCCACCCCAGAGUUUUUCCGCAACCUCGCUGAUGGUAGAGAUCUUGUGACCAUGCACAACGCCGCCGUCAAACGAUCCAAGAGGCAUUUCGACUACAUCAAAACCUUCCACGAGGACGUGGCGAAACCGUAUAGGCGUGCCGACAACCUUCGAUAUUGGCUGAAAGCAGCGGAGCUGAGAUGGGAGCUCAAGCUUCAGCUCGAUGUGAUGGCUGUUGCAAAUCAAGUCGACGACAGCAUCACUUGGUCGUCUUUUGAGGAUGUCGUACGACAGUGGAGCCGAGGAGUUCGAGCGGAGCUUACGAAGGAUUGGAACGGGGAAGAGGAACGCAAACUACAUGCGCGUGCAAGAAGUCUCGCGAUGGCGAGCCCGCUGUCGAGCCCCUCGAGAAAGAAUUCGCCUGCUCCACCCCUCCCAAGUCCGUUGAAAACAAUGAUUGCUCCAAGUUCUCUGAGGAGCCUGUCGAAAGAUCCUGCAGCAUCCGAUGACCCAGAAAGCCCAACUCCGAAGCCAACGUCCACGCCUUGCAGUGGGGAACUCUGA